AUGCCUCGAACAUAUAAGCAAACGUACAGCCAAAAGCGAGCCAAGAAGAAAGAAGAGAGUCUCAAAAAGGCUGAGAAGCUCAAAGCGAACGAACUUGAAUAUAGAAGAACACCAAAGUCCUUUGUCAUUCGAAGAGGACGUAUCGGGAAAAUAGCGCGUGAUUUGGUGAAGGACACAAGAUACUUGAUGCUUCCAAAUACAGCUAUCAACUUGAGAGAAAGAGCUUCUAAUACCGUCAACGAACUUAAAAUGGCGGGUCUUGAAAUGUGUGUGUCACACUUCUUGGUGUACUCAUCUGCGUCGACUGGUCUUCACUUGAGAAUUGCGAAGUUGCCCAGAGGACCGACCUGCUUAUUUAAAGUUGAAGAGUACUCUCUCAAGAAGGAUCUUCAAGCGGCAAACAACCUCACGUUAUCACAGACUUCGUAUGUCAUGAGACACCCCCCACUGCUCAUUUUGAACGGAUUCAAUAAAGGCGGGGAGGAGAUGAAAACGGUCAGGACUGUACUUCAAAUGAUGUUCCCACCUAUUCAAGCGUCUGUGGCAAGACUUCAUCAAUUUAGAAGGGCAAUGUUGUUCUCAUACGACGAGAAGACGGGACUUAUUGAUCUGAGGCAUUACCUCAUCAAAACAAGACAAGCACAUGAAAAACAAAGAAAAGAAGAAGAAGAAGAAGAAGACGAAGAUAUACCAGAAGACAAAGUUGUGUUGCCAAUAAAUGAAGAUGGCAAGGAAAACAUCAUGAAGAAGAAAACACUUGUGAAAUUGGUGGAAAUUGGGCCACGGAUGACCCUGAAAUUGUUGUCUAUAUUGAGCGACUUUUUGCGAGGAAGAAUAGUAUAUAGAUUGUAUGACUACGACGACGACGAAAAGUGGAUGAAAGACAACGCAGAAGUGUUCCAACAAGCGAAACAGGAGUAUGUCGAGAACAAGGAGAAGAGAAAAGAAAAAGAGAAGAAAAAGAGAAUGGACAUGGAGAAGGACAAACAACGAAUGGAGGAGGAUAGUGAAAAUGAUGAAGACGAUGUGUUUUAUGAUGACGAAGAACUUAUGAAGAUGGAGGAAGACAAUUGA